AUGUUCUCAUCACAAUCAUCACAAUCACCACUACAACGAACGAACGAUCGCCAUUCGAGUAUGGAACGGAGGCUUGUGGCUCUGAGGAAUCACUGUUCACCAACCAUGAAGGAAGCUUCUGCUCAUUCACUUGAUAUUACUUUUAAUGCGAUCGAUGUGAAUCAUACGGCAGGAGAAACUUAUUGUUCAAAAUCGUUGGAGUCAUCAUCAUCGGAAUGCUGCUCUUGUUCACAUAGGAAAACUUCUACCAGUACAACAAAUUCUUCACCACAAGUAUCAUCAUCAUCACCAUCAUCCUCUGCAUCAACAUCCUAUCAAGCAAGACCGAUUGAACCCUCCGAUUACGAAAAGGGAUAUUUGACUCUUCUCUCUCAACUCACCACUGUUGGGGAUAUUUCACGAGAGAACUUUUUGAAACGUCUUUCUCAACUCGAUCCCAAUACCUAUCGAAUUGUGGUGAUUGAAGAUCCAAAGAGUCAUCGCAUCGUUGCAGCAGCUACUGUUUUCGUUGAGAAGAAAUUUGUGCAUGAAUGUGGAAGUGUGGGUCAUAUUGAAGAUGUCGUUGUGGAUGCUAAUGUUCGAGGUCAACAUUUGGGAGUCAAAGUUAUUGAGGCAUGCAAACAAUUUGCUCAAGAACAAGGAUGCUACAAAACCAUUUUGGAUUGUUCUGAGAAGAAUGUUAAAUUUUAUGAAAAAUGUGGAUUUGUGAGAAAGGAAAUUCAAAUGAGAUUUGAUCAUGAACAUUAA